CGUGUGUAUGUGUAUGUGGAAUAGAUGAGUCACGAGUCAUGACUCAUGACUCCUUGAGUCAUUGCACAAAAGUUCUCUGUAGAAAUCUUGACCAGUUGGACAGUUGGAUUUCUUCAACGUCCUAUUGAAAGGGGGAAACUUAAGGAACUAAUGCGCGUCUGCGCCAGCCAGAAGAGAAGAAUAAUCCUGCAUCUUUGGAGAGUAAGAAACAGGAGAAACCCUAGCUUAUCUGACCUGCAACUAUAUUCUUCUGAUCACACUUUUUACAAUUUGUUUGCCUUUUAUUGAUUUAUUCUUCUUCUAGAAUUUUAGUUUUUUAGAUAUGUUUUUGUGUGUUUAUCAACAUGGUUUGAUUCUUCUUGUAAAUCUCUUUCAGAUGUGACAAGACUUUCUCUUUCCAUCUUCCCCGCCCGGAAAUUUUCCCAAAAAUAAUUGUGUAUGGCGACAACCCAAUUCAACUCUGUCCGAAAGCGAUCUCCGACUCCAAAACCUUAUCAUUCAAACUCUCUUUUAAGCACCAGCCCUUCUUCAAUCUUCUCCUACUCACAAGCUUCCUAAUCUCUCUCUUAAUGGCUACAGACGCUUCUCCCAAAUUUCAGAACCCAGAUUUCCGUCCGGUCCCUCAAGCCCCUGAUUACCAACACCCUGAUGUCACCGUUUCAUCCCACGAUGGCCUUGAGUUCUGGCAGUACAUGAUUGCUGGUUCCAUCGCCGGCUGUGUUGAGCACAUGGCAAUGUUCCCCGUCGAUACCCUCAAGACCCGUAUGCAGGCCAUGGGUGCCUGCCCUGCCAAGACCGUUGGUCUCCGAGAAGCCCUUACCUCCAUUUUGAAGCACGAAGGCCCUCUUGGCCUCUACCGUGGCAUUGGUGCAAUGGGUCUUGGUGCUGGUCCUGCCCACGCUGUUUAUUUUUCCGUCUACGAGGUCUGUAAAGAAUUAUUCUCUAGAGGAAACCCCAAUAAUUCUUUUGCCCACGCCGUUUCUGGGGUCUUUGCCACGGUUUCCAGUGAUGCCGUCCUUACUCCAAUGGAUGUGGUGAAGCAGAGAUUACAGUUGAGGGAUAGUCCUUAUAAAGGGGUGUUAGAUUGUAUUAAGCGAAUCAUGAGAGAAGAGGGGUUUGGUGCGUUUUACGCUUCAUAUCGAACUACUGUUGUGAUGAAUGCCCCGUUUACUGCCGUUCAUUUUGCGACAUAUGAGGCUGCCAAGCGGGGGUUAUCGGAGAUAUCACCGGAGAAUGCCAGCGAUGAGAGCCUGGUGGUUCAUGCCACUGCAGGAGCAGCUGCUGGGGCUUUGGCUGCUGGUGUGACGACUCCCCUUGAUGUUGUCAAGACCCAGUUGCAGUGCCAGGGUGUCUGUGGAUGUGAUAGAUAUUCCAACAGCUCAAUUGGCAGUGUCAUACAAACAAUAGUAAGGAAGGAGGGAUAUGCUGGUCUAAUGAGGGGAUGGAAGCCCAGGAUGCUUUUCCAUGCCCCUGCUGCUGCAAUCUGCUGGUCUACAUAUGAAGCAGCAAAAUCUUUCUUCCAAAAACAAAAAGACAGCAACAGACAUGUCACCUGAAAAAAUAGUGAAGAGAACAACAAAAUAUUUUCUCCAUUGUAUCUUCACAAAAGACAGCAAGAACAUGCCACGGUAGCUGCAGAUCAAGUGUAAAAAAAUCUUUUGGAGCUGGCCAGUAUGUAUUGAAGAAGGUCUUAAAUUGGUGAUUUAAUUUUCACUUGUAAGUUUAUUAUUUUUGUUUUAACAGGUCAUCGGACUAGGUGGCUAAAUUGGCUUUUGUAUUUUAUAAGCUAUCUUCAGAUCUAAUAAUGUUAAUGAAAAUUAAUUAUGAUA